AUGUCUUUCGAGCUUAAAGAUAAGCAAGAAAUUUUGCCGGAGGUAACUCUUGAACAAACCUCUGUUGAGGCUUAUUCUUGUUGCGGCUUUAAUAAUCAUCAAUUUCAUAAUAAAACGGUGUCUUAUACGAAACAUUAUGUUAGAGAUUUGAAAAAAGAAGCUAGGUUUUCUCAACGAUAG